CCGCGGGGCCGCCGGGGCUGAAGGCUCCCGCUCGCAGCCUCCUCUUCCUCGGGUGCUUCUCCCUCCCUCCUCCUCCUCCCCCCCCCUGCAUUUCCUCCUGCACCUUUAAGAAGCCCAUUGCCGCCGGUGGGAUGGUGUGUGCUAAAGCUGCACAGAGGAAGUUACGCAGCCGGGAUCAGGCACGGAGAUAAAAGCUCCGAUUGUGAUUGAAAGUGAGAGCAAAAGGGAUUUCAGCCUCGGCAUUAACUUGCGAGGGGAGCCGGGAUUGCACAAAGCUCCCCCGGCCAUCUGCCCUUGGGGGCCGGCGGCGCAGCGCCCGCCCGCCGCGCUGGGCAGGGCAGGGCAGGGCUGGGCAGGGCAGGGCAGGGCUGGGCGGUGUGUUUUGGGGGUUUCCCCCGGCCCCGAAGUUCGCUGCUCCGCCGGGAGCCCCUCGCCGCAGAGCUCCCUGCCGGUCCCUCCUGCUGAUGAGCUCUGCCUUUGUCCUGACCAUGAAAGAGAGAGGAGAUCUCAGGUAGCCCCAUGGAUUGCAGCUGAAGGCUUUGGGAACUUGGUGCUCCGUUGCCAAAAGGCAGAACUGGACAGGAAUCCUCGCCACCACCACAGGACACAGCGGGAGAAGCCAAGGCCAGCCCUGCCCCAGUCACCCCAGUGACCACCCAGCACCUGCCGGGACCACCACGGGUCUGGGCACCGACCUGCUCACGCUGACACAGCCAUCCUUUGGGAAAAAGCUCCAAGCGGUCUCUCUUGUCAGAGUGGUACUGAUGACCAGAUGCUCUCUUUAUUUUAUGUGCUAAUGUUCUAACACCCCAAUAAUUAAGGCAGACACAGUUUAAGGCACUUUCCACAGCGACGCAUUUGGAGCAGACCAGAAGGUUGAGGAAAACCUGAUCCAGCACCAUCUCACGGCCUCUCCAAUUUACUCCUAUCAAAUUUCAUCAGCAGCUCAGAACUUGAUCUUUGUAUUGAUUGACUGGAGUCACCUCUAGAUAUUUUCAUGCUGAUUUGGAAGACCUUUCGUACAAUAAAAGGGGGAAAAAAUGAGGUUAAGGAAGACUUUUGACCACUGAUCAGCAACUCCGGCCAAAACUUUCCCAAUCAAGUGAAUUGCAAAGUUGGCUUCCGUGCCAAGAGGAACUUUCCACGUCCAGACCCAGCGUGCAGAGUGGGACCAUCCCUGUUCCUGGCUGGAUCUCCUUCGACUGGAGCACUUUUAGAUGAGGAGUUUCCAUGCUGAUCCCGAGAGCCACCCCUAGCCCAGCCGCCGCCUUCCUCGGGACUCUCGGCCCUGCCCUCGCCCAGGGACCCCGCGCUUGGCCGCAGCUGCCAUGCUCUACCUGGCUGCUCUCCUCGUGCACUGCGUCCCCCUGGCCAUGGGCCAGUAUGACAUUUGCAAGUCCUGGGUGACCACGGAUGAUGGCCCGUCAUGGGAGUUUUAUGCCUGCCAGCCCAAGGCCAUGCGGAUGAAGGAUUACGUGACCGUGCGGGUGGACCCGGCAGGAAUCACUUGUGGGGACCCUCCGGAGAGGUUCUGCACCCAUGAGAACCCGUACCUGUGCAGCGACGAGUGCGACGCCUCCAACCCCGACCUGGCCCACCCGCCCAAGCUGAUGUUCGACAGCGAGGACGAGGGGCUGGCCACUUACUGGCAGAGCGUGACGUGGCGCCGGUACCCGGAGCCGCUGCUGGCCAACAUCACCCUGUCCUGGAACAAGAGCAUCGAGCUGACCGACGACAUCGUCAUCACCUUCGAGUACGGGCGCCCCACCAUCAUGAUGCUGGAGAAGUCUCUGGACAACGGGAGGACUUGGCACCCGUACCAGUAUUAUGCAGAUGACUGCAUGGAGGCCUUCAGCAUGCCAGCACGGAGGGUCCGGGACCUCUCCACCACCAGUGCCAACAGGGUCCUCUGCACGGAGGAGUAUUCCCGCUGGGCGGGCUCCAAGAAAGAGAAAACCGUCCGGUUUGAGGUGCGGGACCGCUUCGCCAUCUUCGCUGGCCCCGACCUCAAGAACAUGGACAACUUGUACACGCGGCUGGAGAGCGCCAAGGGGCUCAAGGACUUCUUCACCGUGACCGACCUGCGCAUGAGGCUGCUGAGGCCCGCCCUGGGGGGCACCUACGUGCAGAGGGAGAACCUGUACAAGUACUUCUACGCCGUCUCCAACAUCGAGGUCACUGGCAGGUGUAAAUGCAACCUCCACGCCAACCUGUGCACCUUCAAAGAGGGCAGCCUCCAGUGCGAGUGUGAGCACAACACCACGGGCCAGGACUGUGGCAAGUGCAAGAAGAACUUUCGCUCCAGGUCCUGGCGAGCAGGGUCCUACCUGCCCCUGCCCAACGGGUCCCCCAAUGCAUGUGCAGCUGCAGGCUCAGCCUUUGGCAACUGCGAGUGCUACGGCCACUCCAACCGCUGCAGCUACAUCGAUUUCCUGAACGUGGUGACCUGCGUGAGCUGCAAGCACAACACGCGGGGCCAGCACUGCCAGCACUGCCGCCUGGGCUUCUACCGCAACAGCUCCGCCGAGCUGGACGACGAGAAUGUCUGCAUAGAAUGUAACUGCAACCAGAUUGGCUCCAUGCACGACCGCUGCAAUGAGACCGGCUACUGUGAGUGCAGGGAAGGCGCCACGGGGCCCAAGUGCGACGACUGCCUGCCCAACUACUACUGGAGACAGGGCUGCUUCCCCAAUGUCUGUGAUGACGAGCUCCUGCUCUGCCAGAACGGCGGCACCUGCUACCAGAACCAGCGCUGCAUCUGCCCCGUGGGCUUCAAGGGCGUGCUGUGCCAGCAGUCCAGGUGUGAAGUGGACAAAAAGGACUGUGACGGUGCCCCCGGUGCCGGUGGCAGCCUGGCCACCGUGGCGCUGGGGCUGCUGGCCCUGCGGCUGCCAGGCUGGGUGGAUCUCUGAGGCUGCACAGCCCGAGGGACACGGGGACACCGAGGUGACGGGUGGCCGUCCCCACCGCCUCCUCCGCCUUCCUUCACGCUAGGACUUGCACGACGUCUUUCGGGCCACUUUCCAAGCAGAGAGGUACGCAGGGAGCUGAGGGCUGCCCGCGGAGCCAGCCCGGGGUGCCCGCUGGGGACACGGGGACAUCAGCAGCCCUGGGGACACGGCCCGUCCCUGCGCACAGGGACCCUGUCCUGCUCCGCACAGGGCGGCCCGGGCUCCGGGCAAAACAGUGCCGCGAUCCGAGGGAUGGUUUUUUUUAUUAUUACUUGAUUUACUUUGGUAUAGGCCGGGGUGGUGUUUUUAUUUUCCCUCCUCUUAGCGUCCUGGUUUGGAAGAGCCGGUGAUGACAAGAGCAGAGCCCCAGCACACAGCAGGCAGGGGACAGGAGGGAGGGGAGAGGGGACUCUGGUCCAUCCCUGCUGCAUUGUCCCACAUCCCAACACGGGCCUGGCCUGGCCACGCACAUACUGUUGCCUACGACUGUAGUUGCUGCAUUGAUUUUGUAUUUUCAUGGCUGGGUUUUGUUUUCUUGCACUUAGGGAGAGCACAGGGGCCGUGAGGCGUUUGGAACGUGAGGAGUGCAGUGUCUUAUCCACACAUGUCCGUAUGGUGUACGGGUCAAAUCCUUCUUUUGGUAGAGACUUAUUUUUGUUUGGAUUAAAUGUUAUAACAGAACCACGACCUAAAGGGACAUUUUAUCAUGAGCAUUUGAUUCUGGUGUAUCCUCCUCCAGUAAAGCAACUAUUAAUGGCUGCUUGAUCACCACGUUUUCCUUUUUGUGUGCACAGUUAAUUACAGGUAAAGACUUAUUUUUUGAUUCAUAAUGUCCUCUUGUGUUUUCUGAGUCACUACCAAGGUGCACCACAUGGUGAGGGAGAGGGGAGGGAGAGAGAAGUUGCCUCAUCACUGAGAGCUGUUAAUUAUUUCUCCUAAUUACUUUGCUGAGCCUAGGUUAGACUACUAACUGUAGACAAUGAGCAAAGCCUGAGUGAUAUAUUAAGCACUGGUCUUGUGUGAAAAGGCCAUUUCCAAAUGAGCCUGCAGCAGGAAAAGGCUGGCUAGUGCAGGGAUGCUUCUCCAUGGAGACCUCAGCUGUCCCAACCCCACUGCAGCCCUCCAGCUGGUGCCAUGAUCCACCUUUGCAGAAAAUACUGUAUUUUAAAGCAACCACAGCCAGUAUUUUUAAGCAGCAGUAUAGAGCUCACAGGGAUUAUAUUAACUCAUUAAGGCUCAUCAACAUGCUCCUGUCUGAGGAGGCAUUUACAGCCAAGCACAUAAAUGAGGGCAGGAGAAACCAGAGACAAGAAAAGAAGUAACUCAGAUCAACGGGGAUGUCAUAAAUACAGGAGCCCUGGUGUGGUCACAUCCAAAUACUUGCCAAGCCAGGAGAUGAUUGAGUGCAGCUUUAGAAGAUGGGGGACACCCCCAGCUCCAGUUUGUUCGGUUCUAGGCUGGUUUCUUUGACAGGUGAGCAGCCUUGGUCCCAGUCCCAGUUCUGUGACACUCCCAGAGCCAGCCCAGGAGCCCCACACAACCCAGGCUUCAGCCCCACUGCCAUUUCCAGGUCUGGUGUCCUUGCCUGAGUGGAGCUCUUCUCUGAGAGCUCCUCUGUCAACAUCUGCUCUGUUCCAGCACCUUCUCUGGGUCCCCUGUCCCUGCAGCCCAUCCUGCCCAGGGAUGCCAGGAGCAGCCCGGGUUUCAAAAGUGCAUGAACCCAGAGCAUCUUCCAGCCCCAACUGUGGAUAUGAGCACUCAGCCAGUGCCACCAAAACCCAGCCACCUCCAUGGAGAGGGGACAGCAAGUCUGCCUUUGGGAAAGGAGAGAAAACCCUGAGUGAAGGUGCAGGAUGGACAUUGUCACUUCAAAGAGCAACACACGUUCUGAGCAGGGUUUAACAUCACAGAGGCAGAGCACAGGGCUCAGUUGAUCCACCAGAAGGUAAAAGAAGGUUCAGUUCACCCUGAUUUGAUCCUUGAGGCAGCGGGCUGGCCCCAGCAUUGCCUCCCUGGCUUCAGCACAGUUGGUUGCUCUCUCUUGGACACUCACUCUUUUCUUUGUGCUUUCUGACUGCAGCAGACCUUAAAUACGUUACAGUUCUUACAAGUAAUAGCAAAGACUAUAACAAGAUCAAGAUCUCUAAUGGCACUUCUGGAGGGUGAAGAAACAUUCUCCUUUGCCUGCACAACUGUUUUUCUCUAGAAUAUUAGAUUAAGCAACAGAAAAUUUACUACUUCAUAAAGCCAGCCAAAUUCUGCACCCAGCAGAUUCCCUGCAAAUACACACUUUUAUUGCAGCAACGUGCCAAGCAGCAGCACCAAAUUCCUGUAGAAAAUAACCUCAGAAGGGCACAGCAAAGCUCAGACUUGUCCAGGAAUGAAGGCUGCUGACAAAUACACUCGACCUUUCUAGGUUUGGGGCUUUGCUCUUGCUUGGUUGGGUAUUGGCUGUUUGGGUUUGGGGUUUUAGUCACAGAAUAUUCACACGUGCUGUAGAACUUGGAAUCACACAAUGCAAGCCACUGCAAGGCAGAAGAGAAAAUCUCUCACAUAAAACUUACACUUAGUAUUCAAGAAAACAAUUUAAAGCUUCUGAGAGCUUCAGCACUGAAGACCCAUUAACUGCAGACAUCUGUUAGCAGGGUGUCUGCACAAAGAGAACAGAGCAUCAUUGAAACAACACAGAGAAACCAUCACUGCAAGUACCCACAGAUCCCAAAGUUCAUCUUUAAGGCAGAAGUUUUGUACAUCAGUUAUUGCUUCCAAAUGGGAAAAGUUGUCCAAUGAGCUUGAUACUUUACUUGUGGAAAGGUUACCCAAAAGGUACUUCUCUUUCUGAGAAAAGCCACUUAUGCUCUUUCAAGAGGUUCCAUGUGCAUCCUGUCACCAGCAUUUGAUUAGUUUGGAAAAGUUUUUAAAUUACACUUCUGUCUGCAAAAAGUGACCUCUCCAAACAGCACAAGUAGAGCGUUUGAUUUUUCUUGUUUACCUCAAAUUCUACUCUGAUUUUAACUAUUCAGAGUUCUGACAAAUCUAAACAACCAAAAGCCCCAAGGCAACAAAAACCUUCCCAAUGCACAUUUGUUCACUUGCCAGGUAAAAUAUUAAAGUUACAGUUCCUGGGAGCUGGAGACAGGAGGGGGAAAGAAUUCCAUUGGCAGUUCUCAGGUAUGUUAUUUGUUUUUUUAAAGAUGAGGCAGCAGAUACCUCAUCUGCAAGUGAUUCGUGAGGAGCCCUGCAGAGGCUGGAGGAGUGAGAGAACCAACACUUUUUAAUGGGAAUAAAAUGGUCUCACUGCC